UUCUCUUACUUCUCUCCGCUCCUUUAUGAUGAACUCCACCUUGUUGUUUUCUCCAACGUCCAAUACUUAAACAGGUAAACCCCAAAGACAAACAUGCUCAAAGACCAAACAAAAGAACCCAGAAAAGUGAAGUAAGAGAAAAAGAAAAAGAAAAGUCAGAAACAGAAGCAGUAAACAGAAGCCAAGAUGCAGAACGAAGAGGGGGUUAUAACCGAGCUUUACAUUCCUAAGAAAUGUUCGGCUACAAAUAGGUUGAUUACAUCAAAGGACCAUGCUUUUGUUCCGAUCAACAUUGGGCAUUUGGAUGAGAAUGGCAUGUACAAUGGCCAUUGCUCCAUCUUUGCUCUGUGUGGAUUCGUUCGUGCUCAGGGAGAUGGUGACAACGUGCUGGAUCGUCUCUGGCAGAAAAAGAAAGUCGAAGCUCGAAAACAAUAA